AGUAUGAGUACGAGUAUAGGAAGAAAGAGGGGAGUGAGGAGGCAGAGAGGAGAGAGUCCGAGAAGAGGGAGGGAGAGAGGAGCCGCCUGAGUGAGCAAGUAGAUUUCUGCUUCCGUUCCUUUGUAGUAGUCCCCCGACGCCAUGGGUCGUAUGCACAGUCGCGGAAAGGGUAUCUCUUCGUCUGCCCUGCCGUACAAGAGGACCCCUCCAAGCUGGCUCAAGAUCUCAUCUCAAGAUGUUGACGAGAACAUAUGCAAAUUUGCUAAGAAGGGCUUGACUCCAUCUCAGAUUGGUGUCAUUCUUCGUGACUCACAUGGUAUUGCACAAGUCAAAAGUGUGACUGGGAGUAAGAUCCUCAGGAUUCUGAAGGCUCAUGGCCUUGCACCUGAAAUCCCUGAGGACUUGUACCAUCUCAUUAAGAAGGCUGUUGCUAUUAGGAAGCACCUCGAGAGGAACCGCAAGGAUAAGGAUUCUAAGUUCAGACUGAUCUUGGUUGAGAGCAGGAUUCAUCGGCUGGCUCGUUACUACAAGAGAACAAAGAAACUUGUCCCUGUCUGGAAAUAUGAAGCUGCCACUGCAAACACUUUGGUGUCUUAGGGAGGGGCGUGUUUCAGGUGAACGGUAUGUUCAAGUAUUAAAUUAGGGCGUGGACGACAUGUUUCUCAGAUGCUGUCAGCUGCAUCCGCCGAACGGAGGAUGGGAUGGUUCCUUCUGUUUUCGUGUCCCGUUCUACUUUGAUCUUGUUCUCCAUUCUGUCAAUUGUCCAGACUCAGACUUUUGUUCUGUUAAGUGGGAUUCAUGCUGAACGAUGAGCCUAUUUGGCAAAUUUUGGUUGGUGGGUGACAAAUUUAUUUUUUGGCUGUUGAAGGCAAGAGAAAUUUAAUGCGUGAUCUUUUAGCUUGAA